AGCGUGGUGCACCUCCAGAUUCCGCUGCCGACAAAAUGCCUAAAAACACAGUGUUGAAGGAGUUAGCCAAAUGCAAACAUCCUCAAAGCAGAAAAACGCUAGCGUUGGCCAGGAAGAUCAAAAAGAUAAAUAACCGAGAAAAGAUCAAGCUGGGACAUGCGGCAAAGGCGAAUGUGCUGGGUAUGAAGUUGGCCUGGUUUGCGGAACAGGUUGAAGGCCGCGAAGAACCCCUCACGCCGGUAGAAUACGAGGAGCUGAUCGAUUUGUACCUCCAGCGGUUCGACGGAGAGCUACAGCAGAUUAAGAUAGUGCAGGCGAUCGGGAAGCACCGGGCAAACCAGCACGCAGCACGUGAGGCUGUGAUAAAAACGACGCUGGGUAUGGAGAAGCAGCACUUUGCCGGUGGUGGUCUCGAGCUUCCCGAUUUGUGUGAUGCCGACCAUUUCAAAAAGUUUCAAGAGUGGAAUGGUGAUGCGGCUACCGUGCAGCACUUGCCGCUGAAAUUCAUAUCGCGAAAAUCCCUCCAAUCAGCGGUGGCCAAAGAUGCAGCAGACCAGCAAAUGGUGGAGUAAUAAAAUCCCAGAUUAACCGUUUAGACACAAA